ACUAUCCCUCUCAUAAGUAUCCAAUCUCCCUCUCUUGGAGUCUCUCUCUGCAACUGCUCUAUUCAACUUGGAGCAGAGACUGGACCAAUUUUUUAUUUAUUUAAUCAAAUAAAUAAAAACUUUAUACUAUAAUAAUAUUUAUUGAGAAUUUCAUUUCAACUAUGGGAAGCAACACUGCUGAAUCACUCGCUACCACCAUUACCGAAACCAGCAAUCCCAACGCUUCAUUCAAGCGUACCAGGAGCCACGUGGUUUUCCGUCUUCUCUGCCACGCGUCACGCGUCGGAGCUUUCAUCGGCAAGGCCGGUUCCGCCAUUAAGUCGCUUCAGCAACUAACCGAUGCUAAGAUCCGAGUUGACAAUGCUCCGAUGGAGUGUCCUGAGCGGGUUAUCGUGGUUGUCGUCAAGCUUGAUGGUCAGGAUGAUGAUGGAGAAGUUCCCAAGCCGACGGAGGCUUUGCUGAAGGUGUUUGAGAGGAUUCUUGACGUGGCUGCUGCUGAGAGUGAGGGGACUGAAGUUGGAGAUAGGGUGGUUUCGUGUAGGCUGUUGGCGAAUGGUGGUCAGGCGGGUUCUGUCAUCGGGAAAGGAGGGAAGGUUGUGGAGAAGAUCAGGAGUGAUACUGGAUGUCGAAUUAGGGUUUUGAAUGACAAGCUGCCGGUGUGCAUUAAGCCUUCCGAUGAAAUCAUUGAGAUACAAGGCAUCGUGUCAUCUGUAAAGAAGGCCCUCAUUGCUGUCGCUGGCCGACUUCAAGAUUCUCCUCCUCCUGACAGAACAAAAAUGAUGGGAGCCAGACCUAAUGAAGUAUCUCAGCAUGAAACUUCUGCUGUUCCCCAUGAGGGUUUAACUGAACCGAAUAUGGAUUGCCAUCUGCAGAAGACCUCUGCAUUAUCUACCUCACCCAUUAGGUCUAAUGACAGUGCCUCUAAAGUUCAUCCGUCGUCAGCUGAAGCUAAUAGAGUCUCAGCCCUGGAUCCGGAAGUGCUUCAGCAGGAAGUUACCUUUAGAAUUCUUUGUUCCCGUGAUAGGAUUGACAAUGUAAUUGGGAAAGGUGAAAGUACUUUGAAAACUCUUCAGAAUGAAAUAGGAGCUACUAUUAGUGUUGGUCCUCCGGUAUUUGAGUGCGAGGAUCGGCUAAUUACUAUUACUGCUUUAGAGAAUCCUGAAUCAAGAUUUUCUCCAGCACAGAAGGCUGUUGUGCUUGUUUUCUCCAGGUCUGUUGAGGGUUCUGUUGAGAAGGGGCCAGACUCGCGAUCAUACAAGGGGCCAUCUGUCACUGCACGACUUGUAGUCCCAUCCAACCAAGUGGGUGUUUUGUUAGGGAAAGCAGGAGCAAUAGUCUCCGAAAUCCGGAAAGCCACAUGGACUAACAUCCGAGUAAUUGGGAAUGGUCAAGUUCCAAAGUGUGCAUCUUAUAAUGAUCAAGUGGUACAGAUAACAGGUGAUUUUCCGAAUGUUCAAGAUGCAUUAUAUAAAGCUACUAGUAGACUGCGAGAACAUCUUUUUGCCAUAACACAAAACAGUGGUGGAACUGGUUCCAACAGGAUUCUGAGGGACCCCAUUCCUUUAAGUCUUGGAGGCCAACCCGUUGUUGGUGUUAAUCAUGACCUUAAUGUUCAUUCUUUAUCUCAAAGCAUAGAUCAUCUGACUCUUUCUCGAGAUUUAGACCGUUCUUCUGCACCAGGGGCAUGGGCACCAAAGACUGUGGGUGGGAUAAGUUCUGGACUCCCUGAUGAUGUGAGCAGGAGAUGGAAUCCUCAGAAAGGUGGCUUAGAACUUGGCAGUGGGAGUGCAACUUCUGUUGUAACUAAUACAACUGUGGAAAUUAUGGUUCCGAAUAAUAUUAUUGGCCGUGUAUAUGGGGAAAAGGGUAACAAUCUGAAUCAAUUGAGACAGAUAUCAGGGGCCAAGGUUACCGUUCGUGAAGCUCAUCCGGGAACAAGUAAUGGAACUACUAUUGUCCUAUCGGGCACACCCGAUGAAACCCAAGCAGCCCAGAGCCUUCUCCAAGCAUUUAUUAUCAAUGGAUCAUCAGGAUAAUAUCACCUGGCUGAUGCCCCAUAGAUUUUCAACAGUUUUAAAUUUUGUCAGACUUAGUUUUCCCAUUUUUGCGAAUAAGUUUUUGACCUCACCGAAAAGCAUGUACAGGUCAUUGAUUUUAUGCCGCCAAUAAUCUUUUGAUAAAUCAAUUCAGCGCAGGCUGUUCAUUAAACGGCAGUAUACCGUCUCAA